AUGGCGACGGCAGGCUCUAGUCUUCUGGCUGCCUCAUCGACGGAAGUCACUACUCCGGGUUCGUUGGAGGAGGACGGCAGGAGCUAUGCUGCUACCACCAGUCAUCUGCAUGUUCCCGUGACCGUUGCAAUUCCGCCGGCUCUAACCUUCGGUCCGACAUCAGAGGGAGGAGCGGGAACGGGAUCGUGCAAGGAAGGCAAGACCGGUGGGACGACGAGGUUUCCGGACGAACACCACGACGCCGAUGCCUUCCCCAGCCCGCGCCUCCGCUCCACCCGCCACCACCACAGAAGCAGACUCCGCUCCGCCUUGCCAGCGCCCGAACUCAAGAAACCCCUCCGUCUCCUGGACCUUCCCGUAGAUAUCCUCAGCGAUAUCAUAAGCCAAGUAACCCACACCAACGACCUCACCUCCCUCGCCCUCUGCCACUCCGCCCUCCACCAACUCACCAUCCCCCAUAUCUACUCCCGCUUCGACAUUGUCUGGCCCGACGCUAGCGUGCACUCUGAACCGCGUUCGGGAGUCGAUGCGCUGACGUAUGGACUCGCGACGUUGGUUAUGGCGGAGGAGGUCUUUGGGGAGGCGCCUUCGCAGCGGCAGGGCAAUAAUCGCUUUCUGCGUAGUGGAUAUGGCAGGGCUAGUGACAUGGCCGUUAGGCGACGAAGGGGCAAUCACUACGCUCAAUACACGCGCAAGUUCUCGUUGGGGAAUGGACCCGUGGAUUGGGUGCAGGAGUACCUCAUCACUAAAGAAGGCGGCAAGAUGUUGGGAACGCUGGUUGCGCUUGCUGUGGCGCGGAUGCGCUCGCUCGAGACGUUUGUGUGGGAUAUGCCGACUGGUAUUCUACGCGAUGUGUGGAGCGCGUUGGCGUACCUGGGUGAGAGGGAUGAUGGGUGGCCGUGUCGGUUGGAGAAGGUGUGGGUGAGGUGGCAUGAUAAUUCGUCUCCGGAGGCGGUGAUGCUUCCGCCGCCUCCUCUUCCGCCUACCAUCCCUCCUCCUCCUCCGCCGCCGAUGCAAUUCCACAAUGCGGUUCCCAAUCUGCCUCCGCAAUUCCACAGCGGGAGCACAGCGCCAACAAUUACAACCACCCCACCGCUCCCCCUUAAUUCAGCAGCGCUGGACAGAGUCGAACACCCCUCCUUCUCCACCCUUCCACCCCUGAAAUCCCUCUCCGUCCUGGAUAUCGACGAACUCGCCUACCUCGACGAAAUGGCCGUCCUCAUCGGCCGCUCCCUCGACAAACUCCGCGAGUUACGCGUGGGCAUCGCGAGACAUGCAGUGGCGAGGGAGUGGGUGAAGGUAUGGGAGGGGGAGGGGUUGGUGCAGGUGGAUUAUGAGGUCCCGACGAUGGGGGUCGUGACGGUGGGCGAGAAGAGGUCGGGGGGUGUGUUGGGCGUGUUGACGGGGUUUGUGCACGACAUGAGGAAGCCGAAGGUGGAAUUGGCGGAGCGGACGAGGCGCAAGUCGGGUACGGCGGCGGGGAAGGUGGUGGUGGCGGCGACUAACGUUACGCCUGCGCCUGCGCCUGCGCUGCUUUCGGACGCUCUGGUGGAGGAAGGAGAGGGAGAAGCAGAGACGGACAACGCCAUCACCGACGUGCUUGACGUUGUGAGCGCUUACUUCCCGCCUCUACACCAAAAUACCCCACCCGCAAACCCAGCAGAAGCAGAAGGACAACAAGCGCAGGCUCACCAUCUCGACUCCACCUCGAACCCCUCCGUCAUCGCACCGACGAGCCGACCGGUGCUUGAUCACACACUUCACCUCGAGAUGCUGGAGCUGGAGCGGGUACCAUUGUCGAUACCGGUCCUGCAACGCGCGAUCGACAUGACCAAGUUGACCUCCCUCACCCUCCUCCACUGCCAUAACCACGAACAACUCUUCAAAACCCUCCGGCGCCAAUUCGCACCCACACCCAAGUCACCCACCUACCCCGUCCCGCGCAGGACGUCUACAUCCGUCGUUCCCUCUCCCCGCAAGUCAAGCAAAAGCCACUCCACCCCCGGCUCUGCCCAACAUGCCGAUGCGGGAGUCGUGGAGUGGGUGUAUCCUCUUCGAUUGAAGAAGAUACAUACCAACACUGUCUCCCCAACCUUGAUAUCUUUCCUGAGGGAGACGCUGGCGCCGGAUAGUCUCGAGACGCUUUUCUUGCAGGAGACCAGAGGGUAUAUUUCCAGUGUGAGCGUGGAGGCCAUUUUCAGGGGCGCGGUGAGGAGGCAUCGGGGUGGGUUGAGGAGGUUGAUGGUUGAUAGUUCGGGGGAUAAGUCGUUUGGGAGUAGUAAUGGAGGAAGUGGGAGGUGGCGACGCUGGAUGCUGACCCGUGAGUUGCUGGCGGGGUAUGUGUUUGGUGGCAAGAUGGCGGGGUUGAGGGAGUUGGGGGUUUGUAUUGAGUGGCGGGAUUGGCACUUCUUCCUCCAACACCUCCCCUCCAUCCCCCAUCUCCGGUCGCUGUAUAUCCCCUUCCUCUUCCACCCGGACGCCGGUCAGGCCGCGGCCGGCGGUGGUGGGGGCGUUGCGCCGGGUCUGGAUCCACGUGAGUUGGCCUUGAGUCUACUCGAUAUCGUUGCGUUAAGGCCGGAAGUGGAGUUGUGUUAUAUGGGCAUUGGAGCCAAGUGUUUUGAGAUUCUGGAGAAUCGGAAUCCUACCCACCCCGCCGACCUGGCGAAUGGAGGGGACGGGCAUUUGUUCGCCGCAGGGGGUGAGGGGUCGGGGAUGGAAGCCGGGAGUGAUGGGGAGGAGGAUGACGAUGGCGAUGGCGAUGAUGACGGUGACGGUGAUGACGAUGAGGAGGGUGCGGAUGAAGGGGAUGGCGAUGAAGACGGUGUGGAGGUGGAGCCUGAAAGUGAAGAGGAAAGCGAGGAGGAUGUGGAUUCUGGCAGCGAGAGCGGGAGUGAGCCGUUCGGCGGUCAUGCAGCUGCUCGGCUACGGUUAAGGGAGAUUUUGUUCUAUGAUGAUAAGGUUGCGGUGUUCAAGGCAAGGCAUGGGCGGCUUUAG